GAACUCACACACCAUGAGAUCAUGACCUGAGCUGAAAUUGGAUGCUUAACCAACUGGGCCAUCCAGGUGCCCUCAGCUAGAGCAUUUCUGAUUUCACUUCAAGCUCUCACAUUCUGAUUCUCCUCUUAGGAAGAACGUGGAGUGCCUCAGGACCAACAGGAGGAAGAGCCGAUUUCUGAAGGCAGAAUAGAAAUAGAAAUCCCCAAUGUCAACUCUGAUUUGGGGAAUGAAUUGUACUUUGUUAAACUACCCAGAUUUCUCAGCAUAGAAUCCAAACCUUUUGAUCCUCAGUAUUAUGAAGACGAAUUUGAAGGUGUGAAAGUGCUUGAUGAGGAAGAUAGAACCAUGUUAAAAUUGAAGGUGGAAAAUACUAUAAGAUGGAGGAAACGCCGGGAUGAGGAAGGGAAUGAAAUUAAAGAAAGCAAUACUCGGAUAGUCAAGUGGUCAGAUGGAAGCCUUUCCCUGCAUCUGGGCAAUGAAGUGUUUGAUGUCUACAAGGCCCCCCUGCAGGGCAAUUACAACCACCUGUUCGUUCGAGAAGACACAGGUCUACAGGGACAAGCCGUCUUCAAAGCCAAGCUCACCUUCAGACCUCACUCUACAGACAGUGUCACACAUAGAAAGAUGACCCUGCUGCUUGCUAAUAGAUGCUCAAGGACGCAGAAGAUUAGAAUCUUACCAAUGGCUGGUUGUGAUCCUGAGUGCCAGCACACUGAAAUGAUUAAGAAAAAGGAACGUUUGAGGGCUUCUACUCAGCAGACAGUCCAUCUGUGGGAGGGGCGGAACCAGCAGGGGCUGGGUGUCCCCUACCAGGACCCCAAUAGUGUCCAUGAGGAAGAGGAAGGCAUCAAAGCCGUGAAAAACCAUAACCAAGGGGACCUUUGAGGAGGUGAGCCCUCCAGAAAAAGAAGAGCAGAGGUUAAAGAGGAAGAACAUGACUCAAGUAUGAAGUGUGUGCUCAUUGUGUACAGUUGACCCUUGAACACAGAUCUGAACUGCGCUGGUCCAUUUACACACGGUUUUUUGAUAUAAUGUAUUUUCUCUUCCUUGUAGCUUUCUUAAUAGCAUUUUCUUUAGCUUACUUUAUUGUGAGCAUAGUAUAUAAUACAUUAAACACGCGAGAUAUGUAUUAACUGUUAUCAAUAAGGCUUCUGGUAAAGAGUAGGCUAUUAGUAGUUAAGUUUCUGGGGGUCAAAAGUUGUAUUUGGAUUUUCGACUGUGCAGGGUUUGGGCACCCCUAACCCCAACAUUGUCAGAUGCAUAUUAUUUUCCACAGUUUAUUUUUUCAAUAAUUUUUUUUUAAUGUUUAUUUUUGGGAGAGACAGAGCAUGAGCAAGGGAGGGGCAGAGAGAGAGGG